AUGAAUGAGAAACUCUCAAAAGACUCUUUUCCUCAUGAAGUAAUCGACUGGUUACGUAAAAACAACUUCGACGAGACUGUUGUAAAAGGUGAAUCUAUAAAUGGAAAGGAUUUUUUUGAGUUGGAGAUGUGGAUGAUUGAGCGUAUGAUCAAAGGCAUAAAAGAAGUAAAGAGAUUCCGGACUUUGUGGUCAAAAGAAACAAGCCAGACUUUUGAUGGAAAUGGUAUGCCUGUCCAAAGUAAACAACCUUGUGCAAUUGUCAUAGAUAGUCAUACAGAUGAUGCAGAAACUAUGACCCCUUCCCACAGAAUCGCAAACCCACCCUCGGCAAAAAUUGGAACAACUCCCAGUUGUCAUAGGAUGAUAGAACCAAUAUCUCCAGAGGUUCCUACAGAAGGUUCCCCAUCAAAUUUUACAGUAGAUGAGAUUCCUAAGACCCCAUGUUCAUUUACUGCAACAUCAACAAGGCGAGGAAGGUCUGGUGAGAAAAAUGUUAAGUUUGGAUGGGUACAGUUCUUUGAAAUUCCCGACAAGUUUUCGGUUAAUGUUGAGAUGGGACUAGCUUCUAAGAAUUUGAAUGGAAAUCAACGCAAUGAGUUCAACAGAGAUAUCUGUACUCUCAUUUCAACCCAUACUAGAUACCCAACAGAAGCAGAAAGGCAAAUAAUUGCCCAAAAGAUUGUUGCCAAAUACCCAUUUCUGAAAGAUCCAAAAAUUUGUUCUACAUCAACUGAGUGGGGAUCAUGGGAACAAAAGAUAAAGCACAGAAUGAAACGUCUCCAGAGAAACCCUUUAAAGCACACACAAGACUGUAAGCCAAAUACUGAAGGUGAAUCAAUUGGCACACCGGUAGUCAAGAAAAAAAAUUAA